AUGUUCGUCGCCGUAGUUGUUUUUUACGUUUUAUCCGAAGCUCUCGCCCAAGAGCAGGCGUUAAGCACAGUCACCCCUCAAUCGCCCCCUUUGCCAUUCCUCGAUUUGUUUACUGGCGCUUCCAACUAUUAUCCCGAUAUACGAAAAACAUAUUCUGAUCCCGGUUAUUACCAUGGUUCGUGCCAAAAGACAGAUACCCUAUCGUCGUUCGCCAGUCUUUUGGGGAGUGCUGCCAAAAUAAUGCUCUCAGCGACAGUCAUUGUGCUAUUAAAGCUUCUUGGUGGCAAACUUUUGCUUUUUCCGCUAAGUGUUAUGCUGUUUGCGAAGUUGGGUCUGAAAGCGGCGUUGAUGUGGCCAGUAAUAUCGAAGAUGAUAAAGUACUUCAAGAAGAAGAAGAAGAAAAAUAAAUCACGGUUAAUUAUGGAUUGUUCCGAGAGGGUCGCCUGCGUGAUACAGAAGUCGUAUAGGAGUGGUUUCGGUAGCAAUUUUGGGACCGCUGUUACUUUUUCAAUUAUAGAUGACGUUGAUGAAGAUAGUCCGAUUGCGAAAAUAUUGCUCAGCAUUCUCGCUGGGGACAAGGUCGCCGAAUGUAUGUCAAUGGACUGCAACUCAGGAAUCGAUAUAAGCUGA